UUCCCCGCGGGCAGCGGCCGCGGCCGCGCGUGGGGCGGCCUCGCCGAGCCCCCCGGGGCCCUCGCGUGUCCCCUCCCCUCCCCCCCCCCGCCGCGGGGGGAGACCCGGCCGCCUCCCGGGAUGAAGCGGCUGUGCGAGGAAAGUUCCUCGGACACCGAGUCGGACGGCACCAUCGACGUGGGCAAAGAGGAGGAAUACAGCCAUGUUUCCAGGUCUGUGUCUCCCACUACGACCUCCCAGAUACAAGCCAGGAAGAAGCGGAGGGGGAUCAUCGAGAAGCGGCGCCGCGACCGUAUCAACAGCAGCCUCUCCGAGCUGCGGCGCCUCGUUCCCACGGCCUUCGAGAAGCAGGGGUCUUCCAAGCUGGAGAAGGCAGAAAUCCUGCAAAUGACAGUUGAUCACUUGAAAAUGCUUCAUGCCACUGGAGGAACAGGCUUCCUAGAUGCCCGAGCUCUGGCCGUGGAUUACAGGAGUAUCGGCUUCCGCGAAUGUCUCACUGAAGUUGUCAGGUACCUGGGUAUCCUCGAGGGACAAAACACUGCCGACCCCAUCCGUCUGCGACUCCUUUCCCAUCUGAAUAAUUACGUGGCUGAAAUGGAGCCUUCACCUGUGGCCACUUCCCUCCUGCCCAUCCAGACCUGGCCAUGGUCCUUCCUCCACAGUGCUGCCAGCCCUAUACAAAUCCCCAGGAGAGAGGCUGCCCCUGCUCCGGUUGUUUUGACUGCAUCCUCCCUGGUGUACCCAAGCCCCGCUGUGAGGCCGGCCCCUCUUCGCCGCGUCCCUGGUGACAUGCUGCCGUCCCGCCGAAGCUUUCUGUCCACCAGGAUGGCCUCUUCCAGCCGGAGGGCCCGAGCCACCAGCUCAUCCACAGCCGUAGCAGCCAUGCCCAGGAUGCCAUCACCAACAGGCGUGUUGAGAGAGGGCUCGUCCAAGAGUAGCCAAAUUGCAACGUUCCUCUUCUCACCAGCCUCCGCCGGCGUCCCCAUUCCACCAGCUUACACGGUGCCUCCUGCCUUGGGCACGGCUGUGCAGGGACCCGGGAUCAGGGUUGGGACAUCCAAGAUCUGCCGCUCCUGGGCUACUGAAAUUGGGGCUUUCUGAUCCUCUCCUUCCCUUUGGAGACAGGAAAUUUUCAGUGCCCACUGCCCGCAGGCCUAAGAACAAACCCAGCUGAAAAGGCAUCUUUCCUGCUUUGCACAAGUCAAGGAUCCGUAAAGAAAAUUCCCUUUACUCUUCCCUCCCUUCUCGCACUGACUUCCUCCCCUCACCAUCAUGCCUCCUGCCCCUUGCCGUGCCCGUGAGCGAAGAACGCCGCCAGUUCACUGCAUUUGCCUGCACGCAGCUGUACUCGAGGCCCUCCCGGCUCCGAGGGAGGGCAUUCCCGCAGAUCCCAAACCCUGCCCUCCUCCUCCAGCAAACCCGCUCUGCGGAGCCUGGUGUCGCUCUUCCUUGGAAAAUAUCAGCCAGCCCUGAAAUACUGUCUUAUUUCUGUGGAGGCUCAGAGCUUGCAGACAGACACUUGCUCAUGCUCGUUCCCCGGGACGUGUCCUCUGGCUGCAGCGUGUAUUUUGGUGUGGUGGGACAGACCCAGCUCGAGCCCCACCGGGGGCUCCCAGCAAGGCUGGCUAGGGCCUCCCCGCUCCCUUUGCGAACCAGCUGCCCGCUGAUCCCCGUGCUUUGUGCUGCAUUGCAAGCUUUUCCCACUUAUGUGCCCUUAAGCUGGAGUCAGGCAACAGUUUGGCAGAGUUGGCUCCCGUAUCCGAGCGGAUAUCUUGCUGUGUCCACGUGUCUGCAGGGCCGGCGCUGGGAUCCUGCAAGCGUAGCCCGGGCGGAGGGCGGCUUCUCCAGCCCCUGCUCCCCGCCAGCGUGCGAAAGGGUGAGACAAGGCGAGACGCAGGACUUCAAAGGGACGUCUGUCACGGAGGGGAAGGCUCUGCGAAGUGAGAAGAAGAGGGAUGCCCUUCCCUUCUGUCCAUGUCCCUGCUGGAGCUGUCUUUCCUCCCUCCCCUGCUGAGCAGCCGUCGCGGUGAUGGAGAGGAACGGGUGGUCCCAGCCAGCGUUCGAAGUGCCUCCCUCGCUUUCUCUUAGCCCCCGCGUCUCCUCCCGCAAUGUCUCCAUUUUCUUUUCUUCGGCAUCGUGUUUUGGUCUCGCACUGCUUGUUCCUCCUCUCCCUGGGUGAGAACCAAAAUCUCCUGAUGCUUCACCUCAGCAAGCUCUGGGUCUGCACUUGUCCCGAUUCCUGAGCACCUUCUUCUGCCUUGACUUGGGUGUCACUAGACAACUGAAACCGCAACUGCUCCCGCCAGCUGUCCUCCCAGCCCCUCCGCCACGGGCAGGAAGGAACAGGAACCCGAAGCCCUCGAGCUGCCCUGCUCCUGCACCAGCUCCCCGCUCCCGCGGUGGGCAGGGCUUCCGGCUGCUUGCCCUCCUCGUCUAACUUGUGCCUUUAUUCGCUGGGAUACGCGCGCAGAGUAGUCUGAACCCUGUUGUGUGCCCACCCUACGGAGUCUCGCCCACCUCGGUAGCACUGUGACAUGGAAGAGAGAAAGGUGAAGAAGAGGGAGAAGUCGUCUCUCCAAUGGGAGAGGCUCUUCCCACGCCUCAGGUCAAACAAGCAGCCGAUUAGUCUGUGCAGAUGAGCUGGAGGUUCCUCCAGAUCGUAUCUGCCGUGUGCGUGUUAGUGGAUGUAUCUGCCAUUGUUUGGAAAGUGAGUGCUUCCCAGUUGUUUUGAUGAACAUCGCUGCACUUAACACACAGCAAUUCCUCUGCUACGUCUCCUGUCCUGGUCCUGAAGCGUCCGAGUCAGUCAGGAACAACGUAUUGCCACUUAACGAAGUCAAGAGGAAGGUCCCUGCGGACUGGUUGUUCCUGAGGCUGGUCUGCGCGCUAGAGCUCACAGCAAGUAGCCUGGCCUCACUUUACACUGUGCAGAGCUGUUAGAUUCACAAGCUGUGGCAUCCAGCAAAGGUGUCAAAUAAAGUCUUUCAAACCCA